UUUUACAGCUCUAAUAUUAUCAACAAGCACACUGUCAUCUGUGCAGCGAUUUAAACAAACCACGGAAAAGUCUAGAGAAAACACAAAUAAAGUAUCUAUAUUAUCAAAUUCAACUAAAGUAUAAGAAAAAGCCUCAAAAUCGGUAAAUUGGACGGCAACACGAUGGGCAGCUCUGACGAUCGCGUCUAUGCUGCGGAGAAAAUCAUCCAGAAGCGCGUUAGAAAGGGUGUUGUGGAGUAUCGCGUCAAGUGGAAGGGCUGGAACCAACGCUACAACACCUGGGAACCUGAAGUAAACAUUUUGGACAGGCGUCUUAUCGACAUCUAUGAACAGAGCAAUAAGUCUUCUGGCACUCCGUCGAAGCGCGCUGCUGCUGCUGCGUUAAAAAAGAAAGAGAAAGAACCUGAUCCAGAGCCAGAAUCCGAGGAGGAUGAGUACACUUUUACUGGCGACGAUGUACCUGAAACCAAUCAGGCGAGCACAUCAGCAGCGGCUACACCUGGCAAUGAUGGUGUUGACAAAAAGGAGAAAGACCGCAAGCAUCAUCACCAUCAUCAUCACCAAAGCAUAAAGUCCGAACGCACCAGUAGUCGUCGUUCCGAGUCGCCGUUGACUCACCAUCAUCACCAUGAUUCAAAGCGGGCGCGAAUCGAGCAUAGCUCUUCCUCAAAUGGCAGCUCCACACAUAAUGAGAACUCCUUUGUACCCGAGGCAGACACCAAUUCAUCCAGCUCAGAGGAUCAGCCCCUCAUGGGCACCAAGCGCAAGGCCGAAGUACUCAAAGAAUCGGGCAAAAUUGGCGUUACCAUUAAAACAUCACCCGAUGGACCUAUACACAAGGUGCAGCCAUUGACGCAAGAGCAGGCAAAAGCAACGGAUGCAACUGUGCAAUUGCCGAAGACCGAGCUGCAGAGCACACCGGUUUUCAAAGAGCCAGAGUUAGUUGAACCAGUUGUAGCUACCUCCACGGAAGAGGACGACGAUGAGUCCACAGCAUCGGCUCCCGUAGUGACCGAGAACAACAACAUGCCAAAACUAAACAGCGCUCUUGCUUUGACACAAAAAAAGCCACUAACACCGUUGUCGCCCCGUGCAUUGCCACCGCGCUUUUGGUUGCCCAGCAAGUGCAACAUAUCGAAUCGUGUGGUUAUCACAGAUGUGACAGUCAAUCUGGAAACUGUCACCAUACGCGAGUGCAAAACCGAGCGAGGGUUCUUUCGCGAGCGUGACAUGAAGGAUGACUCCUCACCAGUUACUUGAUGUAAAAAGAAGAAAAAUUUUGAAUUGUAAAUAGUUCUACAACAAAAUUCUAUAACAAAAUGUUGCGAAGCAUUUUUCUA